AUGCGCGGGAUGAAUGAUCUGGUUGGUCAACGUGACUUUGGUACGGCUAAGAUAUUAGAGUCUAAUGAAGACGGUGAAGACGAUCGUGCGAAUUCGUUUGUUGGUACUGCAGAGUAUGUCAGUCCUGAAUUGUUGAAAGAAAAAUCUGCUUGUAAAAGCUCAGAUUUUUGGGCACUAGGUUGUAUCAUAUAUCAAUUAAUUGCUGGUCGUCCACCAUUUAAAGGAAACAACGAAUAUAUGACUUUUCAGAGAAUUGUCAAUCUUGAAUACACAUUUCCUGAAGGGUUUCCUCCAGUAGCAAAAGAUUUAGUUCAAAAAUUAUUGGUAUUGAACCCAUCUGAGCGUCUGGGUUCUGGUGGUAAAGCAGGUGUUGCUAGAUUGAAAGCACAUCCAUUCUUCAAGGAUAUUAAUUGGGACAAUAUAUGGAACUCACCUGCACCGCGUCUACUCCCCUACCUCCCUCCAAAUCCUCAGCACAAUAAGGAAGAACUUCGUACGUCCACCAACGCAUACUUACGAAAACUUUCUGAUCAUAGUGGAGAUAAUAACGGUAGUCCGAUUGCUACCGGUCUUAAACAAAAUGAUCCUUUUAGGCUAGAGAGCUGGGCAGGUGGUGAUGAUGGACCGGAUAAGGUAGAUCCUGAAAAAGAAAAAAAAUUGGAGGAACAAAAACGAACUUCUGCACAAUGGAUUCCAUUUUUGCUCAAAUCCGAACUUAUAAUCCGUGCUGGACCUAUCAACAAACGUAAAGGUCUUUUCUCGAAAAAGCGUCUGUUGAUUUUAACCGAUUUUCCGAGAUUAAUAUAUGUUGAUCAAGAAAAAAUGGAGCAGAAGGGUGAAGUAUAUUGGAGUUCUAGAAUG